CAGAAUUUCCUUUCCGGCGCGAUGCGUGGGAGGGGAGGCGCACAGCCGCGGCGUGAUACCAGCUGCCGCCCGCAGCCCCCCGGCUCCAUCCCGGCUCGGUAUUCCAGGCUGCAGCCUCCCACGCCCCGCCGCCUCCCACGCCAGGAUCUGCGUCACCGCCGCGUGGGAGUGCGAGUGCGCUGAAGCAAGAGCGGAAUAUCCCGAGCCUCAGAGCCGGGAGGAGGCGGCGGCGGCCAGCAGCAGCAGCAGCAGCAGCAGCGGGAGCCACGGCAGCGACGAGGCCGCUCUCUGGUGUGUCCAGGCCCCCGAUCAGCGACGCCCCUUCCCUGCCGGGCCGGCCACCGGGGAGGGGGCUCACGGAAUCUGCGGCGACACCACAAGCGGAAGGAGCGGCGGCCCGGAGAUUCCGAUCGUGACGGGAAUGGCGGCCUCCCUCCCGAGGACCCUGGGCGAGCUGCAGCUCUACCGCAUCCUGCAGAGGGCCAACCUCUUGUGCUACUUUGAUGCCUUCAUUCAGCAGGGCGGCGACGACGUGCAGCAGCUGUGUGAGGCGGGCGAGGACGAGUUCCUGGAGAUCAUGGCGCUGGUGGGCAUGGCCAGCAAGCCCCUCCACGUGCGCAGGCUGCAGAAGGCCCUGAGGGACUGGGUGACCAACCCCGCACUGUUCAACCAGCCCCUCACCUCCUUGCCGGUCAGCAGCAUCCCCAUCUACAAGCUCCCAGAGGUCUCGGCGGGGCACCUGGCCGGCGAGCCCCACGUCAAGGUCCCCAAGUGCCUGGCGGCCACCUGCGUGGGCCCGAGUAGGACGGAGGCCUCGACCGACGAUGCCAGGUUCUGGCCGGGCUACCGCACCGCCGAAAGUGAGCAGAGCCUGUCUCCGACAGACCCGGGCCCACCCCUGUCGCCGCGGGAUGGCUCAGAGACACUGGACGCGGCUGCCGUGCAGUCCGUGUCCGAGUGCGUGGAGAGGAUGGCGCGGAGCCUGCCGAGGAGUGACCCGGCCGAGGUGCACGACCUGCUGCGGGGCAACAAGAAGCUGGCCAAGAUGAUCGGGCACAUCUUCGAGAUGAGCGACGCCGACCCGCACAAGCAGGAGGAGAUCCGCAAGUUCAGCGCCAUCUAUGGGCGCUUCGACUCCAAGAGGAAAGACGGCAAACACCUGACGCUGCACGAGCUCACGGUGAACGAGGCGGCCGCCCAGCUGUGCGCGAUCGACACGGCGCUGCUGACCCGCAGGGACGAGCUCUUCGGCCUCGCCCGGCAAGUGUCGCGGGAGGUGACCUACAAGUACACGUACCGGAGCAGCAGGUCCCGGUGCGGAGGCAGUGACGAUUUGUCGCCCAAGAGGAUCAAGAGCGAGGAGGUUUUCUUUGACGUCCAGGAGGCCCUGCAGACCAUGAGGCAGCGACACGAGACCCUCCGGGACCAGCUGAGCCUGACCAAGUCCAGAGGACAGGAGGGGACGACGCCCGAUGUGCAGAUCCAGCUGGACCGACUGGUGGCCCGCCAGAGGGAACUCCUCCAGGAGACAGCUGCCCAGGACCGGCUGCACUUGCAUGAGUGGUACCCGCCACAGAGCCCCCCAAAAGUGGACAUCGAGGAGCCCACCGAUGACGGCCUGUCCCCAGACCUGCCAGCUGAGCUUAAAGCCGAAAAGCCGCUGAAUCUGAGGGUGAGCAGCCGCCACCGACAGCGCCCCCUCUUGGGGGCAAGGAUGCCAGCAGCAGAGCCGCUCUCCUGCAGUGCCACGAGGUUUGGCACCUCCUUAGAUGGCAAGUCGCAGGCCUCAGAAAAUGGAGGCGUGCUGAACCUGGCAGAGAGGAGAAGUAUCAAGUCGGAGCCCGAAGAGCCCCGGUAACGGUGCCCACCGCGCCCAGGCUGCCCUCACUAAGCCGAGCCUUAACCAGCAUUGCCUCAGAGUCGCCCGCCACAGCGUCGGCCAUGCAGUCCCAAGCCACCUGGGAUGGCACGUCCUGUGUGGUGGCAGCGUGUGGUCCCGUGGCUCAGCCCCCUGCCCGCGCUGCGGCCCUUUUGUAAACACUAAUAUAUUUAAUUUCUUAUUCAGCUCAUGCGCUCCUCGCGGAUUAAACUCUAUUUUUGAGUACAAA